AUGAUUAGAUUGCUAAGGGAGAAGUACUUCCCUUCUGGUAGUGUUCUUGAAGCAAAAAAGGAGUGGAUCUUCAUCUUGGCUGUGGAGUUCCAAGAUCAGGUGAAUUUUCAGCUGACAUGGGCUCAUGAAUUACUAACGACUGAUGGCAGGUAUUGGAGCGAAGAUUUAAUUCAUUCCAUAUUCACGCAAGCUUCCAAUAAAGCUAUUCUGGAGAUGAAAGGCUUGAAUCUGACACCAAAGACAAAUGAAAGUACUCACUCUGACAAUCCUGGAAGCAGCUCCUCCAUGCAGAGGGAUAAGAAAGCCUGA